AUGCAGAUGCAGAUAUUUGUGAAGACACUCACAGGCAAGACCAUCACCCUCGAGGUUGAAUCCUCGGAUACAAUUGACAAUGUCAAGGCGAAGAUCCAGGACAAGGAGGGGAUCCCGCCGGACCAGCAGCGCCUGAUCUUUGCUGGCAAGCAGCUCGAGGACGGGCGCACACUUGCUGACUAUAACAUCCAAAAGGAGUCCACCCUCCACCUUGUGCUCAGACUCAGGGGUGGCAUGCAGAUCUUUGUCAAGACCCUCACUGGCAAGACUAUUACUCUUGAGGUCGAGUCCUCUGACACGAUUGACAAUGUCAAGGCGAAGAUUCAGGACAAGGAAGGUAUCCCUCCGGACCAGCAGCGGUUGAUCUUUGCUGGGAAGCAGCUUGAGGAUGGCCGUACCUUGGCUGACUACAAUAUUCAGAAGGAGUCUACUCUUCACCUCGUCCUUCGCCUCAGGGGUGGCAUGCAAAUCUUUGUCAAGACCUUAACUGGCAAGACUAUCACCCUUGAAGUCGAGUCCUCUGACACAAUCGACAAUGUCAAGGCGAAGAUUCAGGACAAGGAAGGCAUCCCUCCGGACCAGCAGCGGUUGAUCUUUGCUGGCAAGCAGCUUGAGGAUGGCCGUACCUUGGCUGAUUACAAUAUUCAGAAGGAAUCCACUCUCCACCUCGUCCUCCGCCUCAGGGGAGGCAUGCAGAUCUUUGUGAAGACCUUGACUGGAAAGACCAUCACGCUUGAAGUUGAGUCUUCCGACACAAUUGAUAACGUGAAGGCAAAGAUUCAAGAUAAGGAAGGCAUUCCACCAGACCAGCAGCGCCUCAUCUUCGCUGGAAAGCAGCUGGAGGAUGGCCGGACUCUUGCCGACUAUAACAUUCAGAAGGAGUCCACCCUCCACUUGGUGCUCCGUCUCCGCGGUGGCAUGCAGAUCUUUGUGAAGACCCUGACCGGGAAGACCAUCACCCUGGAGGUCGAGUCUUCCGACACCAUUGACAAUGUGAAGGCGAAGAUCCAGGACAAGGAGGGCAUCCCGCCGGACCAGCAGCGCCUGAUCUUUGCUGGUAAGCAGCUUGAGGACGGCCGCACCUUGGCAGACUACAACAUUCAGAAGGAGUCUACGCUCCACCUGGUUCUGCGCCUCCGAGGUGGCCAGUGAAGGUCCGAGGUGGGCUGGCGUACCAAGUUCAAUUUGUCUGUCUGAUGUGUCUCUGAAGUUGAGUCUGUCUAAGUUUCUACUGUGUGUCUGAAGUUUGAGUCUGUCUUAAGUUUCUACUGUGAUAAAGCCCCGUAUGAUGUUUCGCAAAAAGUAUUUGAGUACAACAGUUUGAUUGCUGCAAUGGAUUAGUGAACUUGGUUUUAUCUUGGCUUAUGAAAUUUGUUUCUC